AUGCGCAUCCGAAACGCGUGGAUGACAGAUGGCGGAUUCGGCCCGCACAGCAGCCAUCUCGCCGUGAGCGCGGUAACGCCCACAGUGCGAUCAAGCGUCAUGUUCAGUGGUGUAUUCCGAUCGGUCCCGCAUGAGCAUGAGGUGCAGUCCAAUAUUAUUGAUGAAGACGGCUCCAAGCGCCCUGAGGCCGAACCCGAACCCGAACCCGAAUCCGUUGCUACCGACGAUACGAUGCAAUUCGAGGCUUUUUCUCAACCUGCGUGGGCAGUGACAUUGGGCAAUUUUUCGUUUCAUCUUGAACAAUCCACGCCGGAAAGAAAGAAAGCUUUCGAGGCGUGUAUGAUCAGAUGCACCAUUCGAUGCGCUGGCUUCCCCGAUUCUGACAAAGCUGCCAAGGCCACAGCUUCCUCGGCUCCAAGCGGAGCGGCCAGCGCUCAUCAGGAAGCUAUGGCAUGGGAAGCAUUCUCACUCAUGAUUUGCCCCUGCCCAAAACGAAUCGCAUAUCCGCUGUGUCUCCCAUCAGACCCUUGGAGCCGUUCUUGGGAGAACCUGAGGCAUCGCAGCCACGCCUCACGCUGGACCACCAUUCACAGACUGAAAAUUCCCCCGUGUCGUGUUGCUUCUUGUCCGCAUUUCCACUUCCCACGAUCCAGAGCAGAGCAGCCGACACUGACGCUCACGCUCAAUCCCGACUCCGAAAACUGUCUUCGACGCUUGCCUUCCAAAGUCCCCACGACAGCUUCAGGAAAAGUCCUGGUCGAUACGAUUCUGCAUGCCACUCAGACACGGCACUCGAGGUCCUCGUCGCUUGCUGCACAAUGCCUUGCUGACAUAUCAGCUGCGAAUACUUGCUCCUGUGCACGCUUGACAUGGAGACGGAGAGUCGCUCAUAGAUGCAUUGCAAUGGCUGGUAAAUUCCUGAGUGAUGCGACCUCGUUGGAAUGGUGCUUGACGAUGGCUGGUAGCUGGAUGCUGAACAUACCAAAACCUUCUCGAACGGUCAGUGGGAUCAGCAGUGUUGUAGUUCGAGGUCUGUACGGAGAUGCAAGCGCGGAGAAGGGUGACAAAGCAUGCAAGGAUCGCUCGGCUCGGCGCGGCUUUCCGAUCGAAGCUGCUUGGCUGCUCUGUGUUGUCCUUGAUGCUUCGACUACAUCCUACAACCUACGCUGCGCCGAACGAGCCAUUAUCCUAUUCGAUCAACAUGUCAACAUCGACGGCCUCCGAGCAGCUUCCUCUCGACCUACGAUAACGCCAGCCUACAGCAGGCAUCGCAUGCUGCCAACGACACCUGAGUCGCCACCUGCUUGCAACACCCCCGAUUGUCGAUCCAACUUCGGCGCUACGAUUGUGAUGGCAAAGCACCACGCCAGCAUCUCCCUCUCCCUUCGCUUUCUCGCCUGCCCCCGCUGAAAUCAAGCCCCGGUCAAGAGAAAACAUAGCAAGGACAUCAGAUGGCACCAGCUACCAUGCUGCGAACGAGGCUGCGGGUGAAAAACAAUCCGGAACCAUCAAAGCAGCUUGCGGAGGCCGAGGCUGGCCCGUAUGAAGGUGCAAUCAGUGGACGACAGAGUUGGGCAGCAUAUCCCACAAUCGUGAAAGGCUCCAAGGGAAGAGAAAGCAUAUGCAAGAUGUGGGAGGAGUCUUUCUUCAGUGCCGAGGAGCAGAGAACAUCUCUUUGGGCAGAGUCUUUCUUCGACGCCGAGGAGCAGAUUUGGACCAGACAAAGGAUACACAGCCAGAUCUGCCGUCGAACAAGCAUACGAGCAAUGAGAGGACGACGACUGUCCGACAAGCCUGCUACAUUCCUUAUUUGCGUCUUGACCGAGUGGCUUUGCUCAAACAUGCAUACCAAUGCGCUCUCGCCACAAUGGCGAAAAUGCUUUCCCCGCCAUUGUAGACUGUCGCUGUAUCAACGACCACAUUUGGCCCAUCUCCCGCCUCCCUCUUGCUCUUCUU